AGGGAAACCAGGCGUUUUUUGGAGAGGCUGGUGUGUGUCUCCUCUCGAGAAUUUCCUGUGACGGUGUUGCAGGUGGCCAGCUGGUACCUCCUCAGACACUUGCAUGCCAAAAACGACGCUAAUGAAUGUUCUUUUGCAACUUGCUGGCAGAAGUUUACACUUCGUGAAAGUCUACUGCUAUUAGAAUCAAAAUGAUUACUGUGGGUUGUUAUAUAUGCGGCCGUGGAUGAAGACUAACCUGUGGGUGAGUCAAGUGGUAAAGACAAGCACACAUCAGUCAUGUUGAGCUGGUGGAUGAAGAGAUGCAGAUGAUGAACUGAACUGUGGCGUGUGACACGUCACCAAGAGGAAUAAUGGGGAACAUGCUUCCAAAGGUCCCUGCCAAGCUGGCUUUUCACAAAGCUUCUACUCUGUGCUGAUUUCAAGGGAUGUAUUGCAAGGCCAGGGCAUACAUAAAGAUACCACCGUGUCACCACAAAAAGUGAAGUUUGAUGACUGCAUGGGGAACCAAGCGGUGGUUUUCCAGAGCAGUGACCCCAACUUCAGUGUGCGGACAGAUGGAUCCAUCUUUGCAAUGGGAGAGGGAGCCAGCCUGGACGAGCCGGUCCAGUUUAAACUGACAGCAAGCGGUCCACACAGACAGGUCUGGGAGACUGUGGUCCAACUGGCAGUAAUAGACCCACCUUCACCUCAGCAAAAUGAAAAUGAGGUCACAAACGAGGACGGAAAAGUCGCAGAGAGAAAAGAGAGGAAGGAGAUGCUCCAAGCACCCCCUCCUGUCAUCAUGUUCUCAGGGUCCCCUGUGAACAACUCUAAGGGUCUGAGGAGACAGAAGAGGGACUGGGUGAUCCCACCAAUCAACGUAGCAGAAAAUUCACGUGGGCCGUUCCCUCAGAUGCUCGUCAGCAUCCGUUCAGACCAGGACCAGGACAUUUCAAUCCGAUACAGCAUCACUGGUGUGGGGGCAGAUCAACCUCCCAACGAGGUGUUCAACAUUGACCCAGUGCUUGGAAAAAUGUUUGUCACCAAACCUCUAGAUCGAGAACAUCGCUCCUCUUACCAUUUGCGAGCCCAUGCUGUGGACAUGAAUGGGAACCAGGUAGAGAACCCCAUCGACCUGUACAUCUUUGUCAUCGACAUGAACGACAACAGACCGGAGUUCAAAAACCAGGUCUACAACGGCUCUGUGGACGAAGGCUCUAAACCAGGAACGUUUGUGAUGCAUCUUUCUGCGUUUGAUGCUGAUGACAACACCACCGCUAACGGGAUGGUGCGGUAUCGAAUCCUGUCCCAGACCCCACACAGCCCAAUCCCCAACAUGUUCACCAUCAACAGUGAGACCGGAGAUAUCGUGACUGUGGCACCUGGGCUUGAUCGAGAGAAAGUCUCCCAGUAUACCAUCAUAGUGCAGGCCACGGAUAUGGAGGGUAACCUGAACUUUGGCCUCUCCAACACAGCCACUGCCAUCAUUACUGUCAAGGACAUCAACGACAACCCUCCCAUGCUGACCUCAAGAACUUUUUCUGGUGAGGUCCCAGAGAACCGGGUGGAUGUUGUGGUGGCUAAUCUGACGGUGAUAGAUGCAGACCAGCCCCACUCGCCUAACUGGAAUGCGGUCUACAGGAUCAUCAGCGGGGACCCAUCCGGCCACUUCACCAUUCGCACAGACCCAGUUAGCAAUGACGGCAUGGUCACUGUAGUGAAGCCAGUAGACUUUGAGAUGAAUCGCGCCUUCAUGCUGACAGUGGUGGUAUCCAACCAGGCUCACCUAGCCAGUGGCAUCCAGUCUUCACUCCAGUCCACAGCUGGGGUCACCAUAUCUGUCCAGGAUGUCAACGAGCCUCCUUACUUCCCAACAAACCCCAAGCACAUCCGCUUUGAGGAGGGCGUCCCCGCUGGCACCAGCCUGACGACCUUCUCAGCCUCAGAUCCAGACCGACUACAGAUGCAGCAGACAAUCAGGUAUUCAAAACUGAAUGACCCAGCUGACUGGCUGUCCAUCAACAGGACCAAUGGUCAGAUCACAACGACAGGAAUGCUCGACCGGGAGUCCAUCUAUGUCAAAAACAAUAUUUAUGAAGCUACAUUUCUGGCCACAGACAAUGGCUCUCCUGCAGCCAGCGGCACAGGCACCCUGCAGAUCUAUCUGAUAGAUAUUAAUGACAACCCCCCAGUACUCAUACCCAAGGAGUCUCAGAUCUGCGAGCGGAUGAACAGAAACACCAAUGGUGUCAACAUCACUGCUGCCGACGCUGACACAGAUCCCAACGCUGGACCCUUUGUCUUCGAGCUGCUCAACUAUCCCAGCAGCAUCCGACGCAACUGGACGAUUACUCGACUCAGUGUUGAUUAUGCUCGUCUAGGCCUGCGGUACCAGGUGUAUUUAGAGCCGGGGGUGUAUGAGGUCCCUAUCACGGUGUCGGACUCGGGAAACCCUCCACUGUCCAACAGGUCGGUCAUCAAAGUGAAGGUGUGUCCCUGCGAUGAAAACGGAGACUGCACUACCCUUGGAGCAGUGGCGGCUGCAGGUUUAGGAACCGGAGCUAUCAUCUCCAUCCUCAUCUGCAUCAUCAUUCUGCUCAGCAUGGUGCUGUUGUUUGUGGUGUGGAUCAAGCGCAGAGAAAAGGAGAGGCAGACCAAGCAGCUGCUCAUCGACCCUGAGGAUGAUGUUAGGGACAACAUCCUUAAAUACGAUGAAGAGGGAGGAGGAGAGGAGGACCAGGACUAUGACCUGAGCCAGCUGCAGCAGCCAGACUCCUUAGAGCACAUCAUCAGCAAACCACCCGGCGUCCGCAGGGUGGACGAACGCCCCAUCAUCCCAGAGUCCCAGUUCCCAAUCAGACCUGUCGUGCCCCACCCAGGAGACAUCGGGGACUUCAUCCACGAGGGUUUGCGAGCAGCAGACAAUGACCCCACAGCUCCUCCGUAUGACUCCCUGCUGGUGUUUGACUAUGAGGGCAGCGGCUCGACCGCCGGUUCAGUCAGUUCCCUCAACUCCUCCAGCACGGGGGACCAAGACUAUGACUACCUCAACGAUUGGGGUCCUCGCUUCAAAAAGCUGGCCGAUAUGUACGGAGGAGGGGACGAUGACUAAGUCGGCCCAGACUCACACGUAUACACACAUACACAACACACCCUCGUCCUGUCAGCUGGCCUGCCAUGCUCUGUCCCACUAUCCUAAAUGGGGCUAAACCACCCUUACUGAACAUACGAUAACAAUGACAUGUUCACACUGUCCAACCAAACAACCAAUCAAAUGACCCACCACAGGGGACUGCUGCCAAGAGUCUCUUGCUUUAAGCCUGUCUGAGACUGAAACAGAAGCUCUGGAUCGCAGUCUUCUUAUCGUUUGUAUUUUCAAACUCGUGCUCUUGUUUUGUUUCUGGUUUUAUGCUUGAUGUAGCUUUUAGUUUCCACCAGUCAAUUUUUUUUUCCUUUCGUUCGUGUAUUUUUUUUUUGUCCCUGCUCACCUUCAAUUGGAGCCGCUCCCUACUCCUGAGGGUUUUCACUUUUCCCUCACUGUCAGCCCCCGCCUGCCUCUCUCUGCAGAAGCUUUAGGUUGAGCUGCUUGCUUUGUCUGAGGGGAACAAAAGUGGAAAAAAAAGAAGAACAAGAACACAGAUAUGAAAGUCCUUCUUGCAUGGAGGGUCCUGGUUUAUUCUUUCUUGAACUUGAAUUACUUAGAACAGAAGCACUGUUGUUUAAAAAGUGCCUUCAGUGGUGCGUACUUUAGCAGACUCCCGCUAACUCAGGAUUGGUUGCCAUUUACUGGGCUUACAUGCCCCCGUAUGACCCCCUGACCCUUUAACUCCCCUUGUCAUCUCUAUGGGCCUGCAGUGCCAUGGUGGCUGCAGGAGUUAUCAGAGGAGCACUGACUGGCGUACGAGGGUGCUUUAUGUAGACAUACUAUACACACAGGCCUACAGUGUGUCUGUAAGUUAUGAACAAAACAUUUCAAGACAGGCAUUUCUGUGCUCCUAGAUCACAGCCAACUUGAAUGUGAUAAGUGAAAUCACACAAACACAGUAUGGGACUGUAGAGAAGAAAUGCAUUGCUUGUCUUUGUUUAUUGUGGCUUCAUUAGCAGCUGUGUUUGUUUUGAGCUUUCUGUAUUUGCACCUGACGCUUGAAGGCUGACAAGUCAUGUGUGUUACCUCUAUAAUGUUACUGUAUACGAAGUGCAUAUGAGGGUUAUUUAAGAAAAUUUUGCCUUUAAGAUCCUUGAGGUUUGCAUGUUUAACCCAUCACCCAAAGGAAGUUAAAAUGGCCUCAGUCAUCGUAUGAUAUAUUUAUUUACAAAAAUGUACAAACAUACUGGAAAUGAAACCCAGGAUUAGUUCAAACACCUCUGACAGUAUUGAGUUAUAAGCCUGUAAAAGCCCCAUUCUUAGUCUCUGUCUCUCCUUACUUUAAUUCUUUUGUUGAUUCUCUGUUGUAGCUCAGCAAACUUUUAAUAUACAAACUUUGGUGUUGGUCCCUGUCACAGAAACUGUGGGAAUUGGGCCUCAGCCAGGGAUUUAGCGCCUUUGCAAUCUGUCUCUCUUCAGGCAACAUUUCAUUCAUCUGAAAUUUUCUCCUGAAAUUUUUGGCUGAAAGUUCAAGAGGUUUUAGAGACAAAGUUAGAAGAAAAAGAAAGUCUGUUGUGAAGCUCUGCAUUUUAUCAAAGCAGACUGACAAAACUAAAGCUUCAGUAAUGGCGCUUUAAAGAAGAAACAUUGAAAGGGAAGUUUUGUUGUGUCUAAAUGAAAAAAGCAGCACUACCCAUGGGCUUUUGUAAUCAUAUUUCAGUCCCCAGAACUGCACGUAGUGAAAAGAGAGAAAAAGCUUUAGUCUCUGUAUUAAAUUAUUUAAAUAUGCAAAAACAUUUCACAGGGGGGAGCAAGGAGAUGCUGGUGAAUGAUAGAAAGGUUUAAUCAUUCCUUAGCUUCUGAGUGCCCGUUGAAACACUCCUGAGUUGUAGCCUGUUUCAUCUUGAUGUGGACUGACCAGAUUUUCUAUUAAUUAUGGAUAUGAUGAAUGCUUGGAGGAAAUCUCGGCAGCGACAAUGUUCUUUAGAUGUGAUUUGAUGAGAGGGAUGCUUCAUUCCUCCUAUUCCUCCUGCUGCUUCUUAGCUACCUUCUCAUGGUUCACUUGAGAAUAGCUGCACCAGGUUUCAGACUGAAAUAAUAAUGUUAUCACUCCUUUAAGAGUGAUCAGAGAGGAAUCACUUAUGACAUGAUUUAAAGUCCCUGUAAAGUUAUUCAAAAUAAAAUCUGUAUUUAAUGUUUGUCGUAUGACAGGCCACUGUUAAGAACCACCAGCUUUUAAGCUUUAAAAUCAUGUAAAAUGAGGCAGUAAUAUCUGAUCUAGAGUUGUGUUGGCGUGUCAGUUGAAUGAGCUGAAGCCACGCCCACUCACGAGAAAUAUUACCCUUUCAAAUUAAAAAAAAAAUGCUACAACCUUAAUGGAGGAAUCGUCUGUCUGCUAUGCUGCUAUGUUACAACUCUCUUUAUGAGCCACCAGAGAAAAAUCACAUUUUUUAUUACAGUUGAGUUAUGUGAAGUUACGUUUCUCUUGCCUUUAUGAAAUGUCUUUGUUGUUAAGUUGCUAGUGAAUUCACUCCAUUUCCUGAUGUUGCUCUUCGAUAUAAAAGUCUUCAAUGAUGAUAAGCAUUGGAGGCUUUUAUUGUGACAGCCUUUGCAGGAAUAAAACAUGUCUAUCAUCAGAUAAUUUACUAGACUUUAGCAUCACAAUGCAAACAGACAGGAGGGACUGGAAUGUUACUGUUACUGCUUUGAGAGAGACAAAGCCAGUCUGCUUCUUUUAAUCAUCCAGGAUGAGUGAAAUAUAGAUUAUUAGCCUGCCCCCUGACCUUAUUGUGAACUCUCAGCUGCCUGGCUCUGUGCCAGAGCAGAGAGACAGAGGUCGGGGAUUAAAUUUACUGUUAUCUGGUACAAAUCUUUCAGUUAUGAUACUUUCAAUGAUCAAUAGACCACUGUCCCUAAUGUAUUUGGUAAAUUUAUCUUACAGUGAACAAAAACAUAGCAUGUAGCUGGCUGUGAACUUUCAGGUAAAGCAAUGACAUCAGCUAACAACAGAAUUGAUAUGUUUUGUGUGAUGUUUUUAUCGUUGUAGCGUUAGCCAGUGACAGCAUGGGCUCCUUUUUUACCCUGCUCAAAUAAAACCAAGCCACAUGUUUUCACAUGUUUACAGCAACCUUAUUCUAACAUUUCUAGUGUGUUAAGACACAAAGUUUGGAUUUCACUUACAGGGACUUUAAGCAAAAUGAAUCUCAGUGAGUAUAGGUGAUAUUGAUGCCAAAACAAAGAGACAUGGAUGUAAGUUUUAUGUCACUAUAAACAUGGGGGAGAAGGUCAAAGAAUAACUACUAAGGUCAACAGGGUAGGACUCUCUAUGUCAUUAGAUUAAUAAUAAAUGGGUGCUGAUUGCACCUUGUGGGGUAGAAAAUCUUAUUUUUAGCAAAGCUCUGCAAAGAGGAAACAUAGUUGGCAUGAGAAAAAGAGCUUGCUGCUGGAUAAGCUAUUUUCUACCCAAGCUGCUCCUCAGUCUACAGAAUAUCUUCACAAAAUAAACACAGCUGUUACUUUCUGCUAUUUGUGAUUAUUUCUGACGUAUAAAUGUUGUAUAUACAGAACAUUUUUAUACAUUUGGUAACAUGAUUUUUCUGUUUCUGUGUUGCUUUUUUCUUUCAUUUCAGUUCAAAUGAAUACUCGGCAAUGUAUAUCUCACCACUAAAAGCCAUGUUGCAUUUAAGGGAAUCGGUAUGAUUCUAUGUGAGCUUACAGCCAUACUCUCGUCGCUGUUUAAGAUUAGCUUCAUCAUGGUGAAAAGUUUCCACUUCAAACCAACUUGUACAGUCUUUACUAGCACACACUCACUCCUCUAGGCCUUACUGUAUAUAUGUGAGUGUUCUAUAUUAUAUGAGCCCUUUCAGCACUGUUCUUGUUAAGCUGCGGGGCUCUAACCUUACUGAAGGCCAUCCAGUGUUCACUGAAUAAAGACGAGCUUUAGGCUGUUGACUGGAUUCAGGGCCAAACAAAGCAGGAGGCCCACACACACACACAAAUACACACACUUAACCCAAGGUAACUGACCUAAAACUGUGUCAUACCUACAAACAUGACACAACGCCAUUAUGAUACUGAAUGUUAUCAAUGACUCGCAAUGACACAUGGCAGAAACUGACCCGUGGAGGUGGUCGAACUUGACACAACGAUGUAAAUGCAAUGUGAAGAUUGAUCAUUAUAUGUUACAGACUUGGUCCACUUGACGUUCCUUUGCCAAACUAGGGAAGAUUUAGCAAACGAUAGAAUGAAGGAUGAACGGUUUCACUGCUGAGAUCCACCCCUGUCUUCUGGCUCGCCCUCUCUGACUGGUGUUAGCGAACGGACACUUGGUCUCUCUCUGGACACUGCCUGACCAUGGACUCACACAACAGGAGGCGCCUGCAGAAGCCUUUUUCUUUCUUUUUGUUCUGCUUUGGCCAGAACUGCAAAGACAGGCAGCAGUGUUUAAGAGUUCUCCAAAUACUGCUCAAGUCCAAGUGUACAUAAUGUAGUAUUUGCUUGAAGCUAAACAGACCAAGUUAGGCAAACUGUACCUGUACAAUUGGAGCUUUUUGCAUGUGUCUUUUUAUAAUGGACAGAUGAGUUCUAUUACAGUAACCAACAUUUCAAACAUUUCAAAAUGUGUCGCAGCCGGCAUGAUCAAGGUUGCAGUCCAGAAAGGAUUCUGGUGUACCAUACUCGCAUAGUUUUAAAUGAAGGAGAAAAAAAAGAUGAAAAAAUGAUUGCACAGUUAUCGAGUCUAAAGACUUUUUUUGUAAAUUGUCAACAGCACAAAUAUUUUGUAUUGUUGUUUGUACCAUUUUUUAAGAAAAUGAAGAAAAAAAAAGAACAAAAAAAGGGAAAGAGUCUGUUGUUUCAAGCGUGUGUUUAUAGUGCCACUGCAAUCUUGGUUUCCAAAUACCGUACAGUAAAUGCGCAGCCUUGCAGAUCAACUAUGUAAUAUAGACGCUGAGCUGGAGACUCCCUGUCAGCACCAUGUGUUAUAAAUAA